UUGAUUUGGCCCGAAGGGUCGUCGCUUCCUCCCUCAGAGUCCGCUGCUGCCUCCUCUUGGGAGAUAUGGCGUGCAUGGACAGAUAUCGGUGCUGCACUGACUCCCGGGGGCAGAGCAGUAUUCUCUACAACAUACUGAAGAGCGAGGAGCUGCAGGAAGAGACCAGCCAGCAGCAGCCCGCGCCUCGACCCGGCCGGGAGUCGUAUGCGCCGGCGCUCGGCUGCUCGUGCGGCAGGCAGAGGCGCGUGGCCCUCAAGAACCCACAAGUCGCGUGCAAGGCGGCUUCGGCCGUGUUGGUGAAAACGCUGCGCUUCGUCAAGAACGUGCCCUGCUUUCAGGAGCUGCCUCUGGACGAGCAACUGGUGCUUGUACGCAGCUGUUGGGCUCCCCUGCUCGUGCUGGGGCUGGCCCAGGAUCAAGUACAUUUCGAGACGGUAGAGACCACGGAACUCAGCAUGCUCCACAGAAUACUGACCAACAAGCGCUGCGAUGAAGAGCGGCGGCGGCGGCAGGUCCAGUUGCUCCGCGAGACGCAGGGGGAGUUGGACCAGAGCUGUAGGAAUGGGAAUGGAAGUAGCAGUGGCAGCGGCAACGCCAAGUUACCGUCGGCGGCAGAGAUCCAAAGCAUCAAAGGUUUUUUGGCCAAAUGUUGGAGUUUGGACAUAAGCACCAAGGAGUAUGCCUAUCUCAAGGGGACGGUUCUCUUCAAUCCGGAGUUGCCAGGGCUGCACUGUGUGCAGUAUAUCCAAGGACUGCAGCAAGAAGCACAACAAGCCCUAAAUGAACAUGUCAGACUGAUUCACAGAGAAGACCAGGACAGAUUUGCCAAACUGAAUGUGGCUCUUUCUAUGCUUGGAUCAAUUAAUGCCAGUGUUAUUGCAGAACUUUUUUUCAGGCCCAUUAUUGGAACAGUAAAUAUGGAUGACAUGUUGUUAGAGAUGCUUUGUGCAAAAUUAUGAAAUCAUAUGUGAGUGAGGCAUGACAAUUCAGUGUGGAAAGUCUUGACAACAAAAUAGUGUAAAAUAUUGUAAAAUAAACUAAGUUAUUGUUUUUAAAGUGGCAAUGUUUAUAUUCAGCAAUGGAAUGUUCUUUGAGUCCACUCUGUUUUAUUAAUUAGAAGUAUCUUAGAGCAUUUCAUCAUCAGUCUAAAUUCUCUUGAAAAAUAAAAUAAUUCUAUGAGUCCACAGAAAGGAGUUUGCAGGUUUCAGUGACUUCUUUGUAGGACAAGAGUGUAUAGGAUUGCAAUUUUUUUCUUUGUUUUCAAAGAAGUAAAAGUAUGUAAUUCACAAAAUUAAAACCUAGACUGAUCUGCAUAGUAUAUAUACAAAACAGAAAGUGUUCAGUCAAAUGUUGUAUAAUUUUAUAUUUUUAAAGCAUCUGUUUAAUCAAGGAGAGUGUAAUAUUUUGUCUUACAUUUCAUACUUGUUUGCCCAUUAAUUUAGAUUGAGCAAAUUCAUGACAACAUACUUUAGAAUGUACUUCAUUAUGUCAGAAGCUCUCAAUGUAGAGAACAACAUCAUAAAAGGAGUGGAGUGAAUUUCUAGAUAGACAGAAAAUGCAUUCACAAUACACAUACAAACUUUUGGUUCUACAACAUCAGUUCUAAGCAAUUAAGAUAUAUUUGAAUUUGAAACAAACACAGAAUUGUCAGUAAUUGCAAACAAUUCACUUCAUAAUAUCUUGAGUAAAAUAGAAUAUGUGGCUUCAAAGCUGAUUCAGAGCAAAUCAGAUUACAAGUAUUCUUGUAAUACAUUAUCUUAACCUAAAUAUUAUCUCUCUUUAGAGGGAUUAGAAUGGGAGCCUGAUAGAAAUCUCUAACUUUCUCAUUAAAAAAGAUUUUGCUUUCCUUUUCCAACAACUUUUCCUUUAUUUUUGUAUCUUUCAUAUGGCUGACUACUUUUACCUGAAAUAAUAAAAAAAAAACCUUAGAUAUUAAAGCCCAAAACUAGUACACAUUUUCUUAACUUUCAAAUUCCAUUUGCUACUUUGCAGAAUGAAAUUAGUAUUAAGUUGAGAAUAAAUAAAUGAAUGAGAAUAAAGAGUGCUUCAGCAACCAUCGUUGUUCUGCUCAAAUAUGGUCUAUUCUUGUGAAAGUCUAGAGACACACUUAAGAUUUGGCAAUUGUGCAUCCUUAAUUCUUGGCGUUAUUAAAAGUUUAAUAAGCACGUUAUCUUUCAAAAUUAUAAGACUAGAUAAUAUAUUUUCCAAUAUUGUUAAUAUCACUCACAUAAAAUGUAUGUGUUAACCUCUGCCUAGACCAUACUGAAUCUUUUUUAUGCACUCUUAAAAAUAUUUCACAGGGGAAAA